AUGCCUGCGCUUGUUGGAGGCAGUGACGACGAAGAUGAAGAGGAACAAGCCAAAGAAGGCGAGAAUCAGGUAGAAGUGCCAUCAAAGCGGCAGAAAAUGGAUGAAGCUGUAAAAACGCCGAAAUCGAUCAAAGCUGAAACUAUGGAGGUGGAAGGCAUUCAUUCUGAUGCGAAGCCGAGCAGUUCUUCUGAUAAUGUCAAUUUUACUGGCGAUACUUCUGCAGAGAAUAGAGAAGAAACAUCCCAAAAUAAGGAACAAUCUAAAAAGCAUGUCACGUGGGAUGAAGCUGUCAAAGAAGAGGAUGAAGAGGAGGAGACCAAUCCAAUCAAGAAAGCAGCGAAGCAAAGCAUCAAAGACACAAAAAAGCAAAUUCCUGACUAUUAUGAUCCUGAAGAAGAUGAUGAGAAUGAGAAAUGGAUGCAGCGCCAACGGAAAAAGGCUACGGGAUUGGGUGACCCUAAGAAAGCGCAGGAAGCUAGACCAAGUAUCGAUGGAAAUUCUGAUGCCGUUCUUUCAUGUCCCGGAUGUAUG